ACCGGUCAGUGUCGAUCGCACGCCGUCGUAACCGCCGCCACCGCCACCGCGUGACUUUCCUGGAAUUUCGCCGCGACGUUCCGUACCGCUAUUUCUGCGCACCGCGAAAAGCUUCAUUUCUCGGUGCACGCACACACUAAGGGUAGUACGAUAUUUUUUCAAUAAUUCAAAUACGGUAUCAAUGUAUGAUCUACGUACACCGGAUCUAUACCUACAUACCUAAUAAUAUACAUAUCGAUCACGUUGCUUGAUACAAUAAUGUAUAAUAUGCACAUCGCGUCCGCGGUUAAAUCGUCCGUGCGCUGCACACUAUUCGACUGAAGAAAAAAAAUGACUAUAUUGCAUUGCACUCGUAUAUUAUAAUAAUAUGACAUCUACAAAUUGUAAGUGUACGACUGCGGCAAUAUAUAACAAUAACGACGAUGAUAAUAUAUAGGUAUACCCGUACACAUAUACAUGAGUAGUGUAGGUGCAUAGUAAGUUUGGGUACCUACCUAAUAUGCCUAUAUAGAUCAAUAUAAAUAUACGCGACGAGUGCGCCGACCGAUCCGUAUCGAAACUGCAAUAUUAUUGUAAUAAAUUCAAUAUUAUAUAUAUUGUGUUUAGUUAUCUAUAUAUAAUACACGUGCCGCAUUUAUAAAUAUAAUUACAUUAUAUAAUAUAUCAGUGAAUUAUGCGGCGGCCACCGCCGUCGACGCCUCCACCGUCAUCGGCGAUUAUUAUUGUUACGACUGUGCGACUCCGACUGGAGUGAAGAUCGAAACCGGCAGCAUUUGAACACUGCGACCGAGACGACGAUGGUCACGUAAUUAGGAUGCCACGGCCGUGCAGAGAGACGUACGGCGACCAAAAGCCGCCGUACAGUUACAUAUCGCUGACGGCCAUGGCCAUAUGGAGCGCUCCCGAGAAGAAGCUACCGCUGUCUGACAUCUAUAAGUUCAUCAGCGACCGGUUCCCCUAUUACCGGAAGAACACCCAAAGGUGGCAGAACUCGCUGCGGCACAAUCUGUCAUUCAACGACUGUUUCAUGAAGAUUCCCCGGCGACCGAACCAGCCGGGUAAAGGGGCGUACUGGACCCUGCACCCCCACGCCCUAGAUAUGUUCGAGAACGGAUCGUUUCUGCGUCGCCGCAAGAGGUUCAAAUUGCCGGCCGCCGACCGGGCGUUGUUGGAAGCUACUUUUGGCAGGCCGUCGUCGUCAGCCGCCGCUGCCGCCGCUGUCGCUGACUUUGAUACCGAUUCGCCGCCACUGCGCCCAUUGCCGGUCGGACUUCAGCUGCCGCCGCCACUACCACCCUACCGGAAUAACAAUAUUGUUAUGUCAGCGGACGGAGCGACGUCGCCGAUCGGCAUCGAACAGUCGUUGUCACCGCCAUCGAUCCACACGGCCAUCGGCGGCACCACCGCGGCCGUCGCGACCGCCACAUCAAUGGCCAACCAACUGCACCGGCAGCACAAGCCCAAACCGUUCACCAUCGAGAGCAUCAUUGCCCCGGGCGGCGCCUGCAGACGUCACUCAUCCGACGACGACCAUCAUCACUACGACCGAGACGGCCGUGGUGAUGAUGAGGCCGUGCUACCGGAUGUCGCACGGUCGUCGUCGUCGCCCACGCCACCACCGUCGUCGCGGACCGAACGGCCUCAUCGCCGGUAUCCACCGCCGGUGAGUCUGCUACCAGGACAACCGCAUCACCUAGCUGACCAUCACCAGCAGCAGUUCCUCCACAACACCCACCAUCAUCAUAAUGGCGGUGGCAGCAGCAAUGGAUACGCGGAGUUGUACGCGUACCUAAUCCAACAGCAGUCGUUCGCCGUGGCCACCGCGGCCGCAGCCGCCGCGUCCAGCAUAUUUCCCGGGCCGUCCGCCCCACUUCCACCGUUCCACUACAUGCCACAUCAUCACGUCACCACCGCUGCCGCCGCGGCCGCCGUCUUGCCACCGUUCCCUCAGCUGGCCAACUUCACAAACCUACACGACUGCGGUACGGCAAGUGUUUGGAAACAAUGGUUGGACCAUUAAAUUUUGCGAAGAGGAGACGAGACGAGGCAUGAAACUUAUUUUCCGUGUUGUAAAACUGUUUCAUAUAGACUUUUAAAUGGUAUAUUAUAUUAUGUACAUGUACAAACUAUUGUAUAUUUUAUUAUAUCAUUUUAAUAUUAAAAUAAAUGUACAAUAUAAAACAAAUUAUAGACGAAAAACUUUUAUGAUUAUUUGUGUUUAUAGAAAACAAUAAUAAUACAUCGUAGCUUAAAUAAAACAUUAUGAUGUGUAACUUAGAUGUAGAUCCUACCUAUAUUGUAUGUCUGUAUAUUAUUAUAGUGCCUAUAUUGUAUUUUAUGAAUUAAUGUUGUCCGUAGUGUUUUAAUGAUGAUGUAGAUAACUCUGCCAGUUGUUAUUAAGUCUAAAUAACUAUUUAAGAAAAUGUAUUCAAAUAUAAUAAUAAUAUUUUAUAUUAAUAUGUUUUUGCUUCUAUUAUAAAUAAAAUAAAAAAAACAAAAAUA